GACACCAUCCCACCCAACACCAGGACACCAUUCCACACAGCAACAGGACACCAUCCCACACAACACCAGUGAACUAUCCCACCACCAGCACACCAUCCCACCCAACACCAGCACACCAUUCCAUCCAACCAGGGCCACUAUCCUAGAUAUGCACCCAAAUAAAUAUAUGGACAUAACAUUGUUAUUUCUGUUGCUACAAUGUAGCUCUAUAAACUGUCUGGACUAUACUAUGUAUGUUGGGAGGGGGAGGUUGAAUGUACCUCUGUGAACUGCCUGGACUGUACUAUGUAUGUUAAGUGGGGGGAGGUGGGAUGUAGCUCUAUAAACUGUUUGGACUGUACUAUCAAUGUUAGGAGGAGUGGAAGUGGGGUGUAGCAUUAUAACCUGUCUGGACUGUACUAUGUAUGUUAGGUGGAGGGGGUGGAGCAGGUUGCUUUAUAAACUGUCUGGACUGUACUAUGUAUGUUAGGUGGAGGGGGUGGAGCAGGUAGCUUUAUAAACUGUCUGGACUGUACUAUGUGUGUUAGGUGGAGGGGGUGAAGCAGGUUGGUUUAUAAACUGUCUGGACUGUACUAUGUGUGUUAGGUGGAGGGGGUGAAGCAGGUUGCUUUAUAAACUGUCUGGACUGUACUAUGUGUGUUAGGUGGGGGAGGUGUGUGAGGGAUGAGUUAAGCGGGGGGGAUCGUGAGGUUGAAACCUAAUCCCCAGGUCUGCAGCACUGCUGGAUGAUAUAGAAACGAACAUGUAAAUCCUGCCUUCACAACGUCCUUUUGUCUGGAUAUUAGAUUUCUUAAUUGCUUUUUUACUUUUUUGGAUUUACUUUAAUGCCAAGGGAAUGCCAAGUUUGUGGCCUUGUACAUCUGCUUACCAGGAGUUCAUAGAGUCCCAACAUUACAGCUACUGAGGCCUUAUCCAAGCAACAAGGUCCUUCGCCAACCUGUCUGAUUCUUCUGUGGGCGACCAGUGACCGGAGAGCGACCAGCGACCACAGAAACAGUGACCCUGCCAGGGAUUAUGCCAAUCUAGCUGUGGUCGACAUCUCCACCAGAACCGCGGCUCCAACCGCGCCAACACAGGCCCUCUCCAGCAGCGAGCAUGGACGAGCCGUGGCAGAACAACGUGAGCCAGCAGGGCACGGAGAUCCCCGCCUACGGGGAGGGAGGGGGCCAGCAGUACCCCUACCAGACCGACUUUCCCCAGCCGGAGGGCGGGGUGGACGAGGACGCCAGGAGCGAUGUCACCGAGGGCCACGAUGAGGACGUGGAGGCCAUGUACGAGGGCGAGUACCAGGGCAUCCCCCACCCGGACGAGAUCAAGGCGGCUCAGCGGGCGGCCCGGGCCGAGGCCAGGAAGAAGGCGAGGCAGGCGGCCGCCGCCACAGAGGAGGAGGACCUGGCGGAGCAGUACGAGAACAUCAUGGAGGACUGUGGGCACGGUCGCUUCCAGUGGACCCUGUUUCUGGUGCUGGGCAUGGCGCUGAUGGCCGACGGUGUCGACGGCUUCGUGGUGGGCUUCGUACUGCCCAGCGCCGAGAAGGACAUGUGUUUGUCCAACGCCAACAAGGGCAUGCUGGGUCUGCUGGUGUAUGUGUCAAUGAUGGUGGGGGCGUUGGUAUGGGGGGGGCUGGCAGAUAAGAUGGGUCGUAGGAAGUGUCUGAUCUUCUGUCUGGCCAUCGACUGUGUCUUCAGCUUCCUCUCUUGCUUUGCGCAAGGAUAUGGAUUCUUCAUCUUCUUCAGGUUCUGCUCCGGCUUUGGAAUUGGAGGGACCAUUCCCAUCGUGUACACCUACUUCGCAGAGUUUCUCCAGAUGGACAAGAGAGGUGAACACCUGAGCUGGCUCUGCAUGUUCUGGAUGUUCGGAGGGUUGUAUGCCUCAUUUACAGCCUGGGGAGUCAUCCCCCACUAUGGUUGGGGAUUCAGUCUCGGGUCAGAGUAUCAGAUCCACAGCUGGAGAAUCUUCAUCCUGGUCUGCAUGUUUCCUGCCAUCAUUGCCCUCGUUGGCCUGGUCUUCAUGCCUGAGAGCCCACGGUUCCUUCUAGAGAAUGCGAGACAUGAUGAGGCCUGGAUGAUUCUGAGACAGGUCCAUGAUACCAACUGGAAGGCCAAGGGAGAACCAGAGAGAGUAUUCACUGUCUCUAACAUCACCACACCUAAGAACCAAGACGAUGAGUUCAUAGAGAUCCAGAGUGACACUGGUACUGCCUUCCAGCGCUGGACUGUCAGACACAUGACGCUAGUCAAACAGGUGAUGCAGAACAUCAUGUCCCUGGCAGCACCUGACCUCAGACUCCAGGGCCUGUUCUUGGCCAUCAUCUGGUUCACCAUGGCCUUCAGCUACCACGGCCUGUCAGUGUGGUUUCCAGACAUGAUCAAGUACAUGCAAUAUGAGGAGUACGAAUCUAAGGUCAAGCUCUUUCACCGAGAACGAGUGGAGAGAUUCCACUUUAACUUCUCCCUGGUCAACCAGAUCCACAAAGAAGGAGAAUACAUCCAUGACAAAUUCAUGAACAUAGAGAUAAAGUCAGUGAAGUUUGAAGACUCCCUGUUUGAGAACUGUUACUUUGAGGAUAUAAAGUCGACCAACACCUACUUCGAGAACUGCACCAUCAAGAACACAGUGUUCUACAACACAGAUCUUUGGGAAGACUCCAAGUUUAAAGACUGUCGGAUGGAGAAUGCUACAUUCCUCCAUCCGAAGAAAGGCUGUCAUCUUAACUUCCAGGAGGAGAAUGACAUUGUCAUCUACAUGGUUAGCUUCCUGGGAAGCCUUGCUACAUUGCCGGGCAACAUUGUGUCAGCUCUCUUCAUGGACAAGUUGGGAAGGAUCAAAAUUAUAGGUGGUUCUAUGCUAAUCUCGUCUGUCGGCACGUUCCUCCUGCUGCUGAGCUUUAAUCAGGGGGCUGUUAUCUGUUGUCAGUGUCUGUUCUACGCCACCAGUGUGGCGGCCUGGAAUGGCCUGGAAGUCAUCACCGUAGAGGUCUACCCCUCUGCUAAAAGAUGCACAGCGUUCGGGGUGCUGAACGGCUCCUGUAAACUGGCGGCCAUCAUUGGCAGCUUUAUCUUUGCCAAGUUCAUCGGCAUUACCAAGAUCGUCCCCAUUUUCCUGGCGUUUGCCUCCCUAGUGUGCGGAGGCCUGCUGGCCACCAAGCUGCCCGACACUCGGGAGAAGAUCCUGGAGUGACAGCGGCCAAAUAUACAGUGUCAAGUGCUGUAAAGUUUCUCAAAAUUACCAGGUUUUAUAAAAUCUUGGUUGGAAAAAAUCUUCCCAACAGGGAUUUAUGGAAAAAUCUAGCAAUUAAAAAACAAAGUUAUGGUAUGUUUUCAACCCUGAGUGGCAUCAUGGCCAAAUAAAGCUGUCUGUACACGUACAUCUGUGUCCAGAUUGGAGAGAGACUUCGGCCUGUGAUUUUGGCUGUGUGGGGCGGGGUUCAAAACAUAUCCUCAUCAAGCCAUCUUGUCAUUUUGUAUGAAAUUGUGUUUGUUCUGCACACCUCUACAUGCCACCCCACCAUGUAGAUUUACUUGGUCUGUUUGAUAUGUUAUAAUUGUUUUACAUAAAGAUAAAGGAUACAAGGUAUGAGAAAUAUAGUUGAUGUACUUGAAGGCAUAUAGAGAUAGUUUACCAAGUUGUGCUUCCUUAUAUGAUUACUGUUCAAGAAAUUCAUUGUUGUGGGGACAUGAAAACGUACAGCUUUAAAGAGUAUAGAUUUAAUAAGUAUUUGGAUUGAAAUUGAUGGCUAAGGUUUCGAUGUACUGUUAUUGUGCGAUUCAGAACCAAUAUUUCCUUUUCCUCGAUCCAUUUCUGUUUGUGAUUGUAACAUGCGCCGAAAAUAGCUAGGUGUUUGAAACAUCCCUUUACAGUAGCUAAGUUAAAAAAUGUCCUCUGUUGUUUUUUACUUUCAGUUGGUUCUGACACUAAAUAUGGCUCAGAGUUUCAUCCAUUCUGUCUCAUCCCUAAUAUUUCAUCCCCCUAUUCACAGAAACAUCCCUCUGGUCAUGGAAUCAUCCCUCUAUAUCGCUUUGUGUCUGACUGCUGGUUUGAUCUCAUCCCCUGUUGUGUGUCAUCCCCAGGACUCAUCCCUACCACAAAGAGGAUUUCACUGUUGCUGUCCCAGUAUUUUUUGUGUUUGUGUUGUCUUAUUUUUCAGUUCUAGAUAUUGGUUUUCUUUCAUCCUCAUCUGUUAUUCCUUGCCAUGAUACUAUAAGGAACUAUUUAAUUUUUUUCAAAAUGUGAAAAUGUGAAUUUUGCUCUAUUUUUUUAAAACUCAAGUAUGGUUUACAACUCGUACUGCAUUUACAUCAACACCAUGUAUAAACAUUAUUAAUUAAGGAGCAAGAGUGUGUGUGUGUUUGUGUGUGUGUGUGUGUGUGUUUGUGUGGGGGGGGCAUAAAUCCAAAUGUUGUCUGUUUAUUUACUAAAAAAUUUAGAUUGAUGGCCAACUACGUAUUUGUUGUAUAUAGACAUGUGUAUAUUAGUUGUACAAUAACUGCAAUAAAAUAGGUUAGGAUGCACCAUAAUGGUCAAGCAGUCUGAAAUGGACAGAUCAGGAUGCACAUUUUCCCCUUUACUUAUUCCACUACUCAAAAGAAUGAAAGCAAAUAUUAUCAACACUAAUCGUUUAAGUUACUAGAUUUUCUGGAUAUUUUCUGGAUAUGUGUAGCCAGCUGUGUUACUGAGAGCCAGCCUUACCCAUUGAAUUGAGCCUGACCUGCAGUGUGUUCACCUCACCAGGAAGACCAGGCACUGGAAAAUGUCAGACAAUAAAAUGUCAAUGUUUUUGUUUUGUGAUGGUCAAAAUAAAAAUAUUCUGCUAUAAUGUCUGGGUAAUAUC